AUGGAGGCGGAAGAAGCGUCGGAGAGGGAGUUGGAGGAGGCGGCUGGGGUCGUCGUCGUGCAGGAAGGUAGUGGCGGGGGUGGCGGUGGCGAGAGGGAGGAUGUAAGGAUGUAUGUGGAUCUGGAUCUGGAUGCGAAUAGUGAGAUCGCGAGGGAGUUGGAUUUGGCGGUCGCGAAGAUGGACGUGGAUGUGGACGAUGAGCUGUUCAGCCUUGUCGGGGACCACGACCGCGAUCAUUGGCAUCCAUCGGUCCAGGACAGCCUUCCUUCAAUCCACUUUCUUCAUUCAACCCCGCCGUCACAAUACUUCGUAGCUGUUUGUAUCGUAGGCACGGCGUUCUCCCUGCCUCACAAAACGGCUUCCGAGAAGGCUACCGCACGACAAUGCAUUUGUUCUGAGGUGCAUGAUCGAACGGGCCUGUGCAAGUGGUCGUUCGCUCUUUGUUGCCUUCGUCGACAUCAGCAACGCCGGCUCCAUGACAUGGGAGUAUCUGGGUGUAUAUUCGAUUGGCUACGCAUGCUGUACGCUAGGAUGUCGUACAUGGUCAAACUCGGCGAUGUCACCUCGCCAGAGUUCAAGGCAUUUGCGAGCGUCUUGAUUGGAGGCCCAGCAUUACCCGCGUUAUGGAAUCUUUACAUGGCGGACUUCUGUCUCAUGCCCGACAACGACGACCCACUUCUGUCUAGCAUCUGCAUGUCUCUCCUCGAGCAUGCAGACGAUGCAUUCCUCGCGUCUUACACUGCGCUUGGGCUGUAG